CUACUGCUGAAUGACCAAAAAUUUAGAUAUUUUCAAGAUUAAAGAUGGUAAAGGCUAAUAAAAAGAAAUUAAAUGAUGAUAUUUGGGAUGAACUAGGCGAGGACAUAGUUACAGACAAUAUAAAUAAGAAUAUUUGCAAUGAACCUUUAAAAAAUGAUACUUCCAGGCUUAAAUCUAAAUUAGAUGAACAGAGAGAAGAUUUUGGAGAAGUUUUAUCAGGUUUAAAGGCAUCAUCUAAGAGUAGAUCUAUAAAGAAAGAAGAGGAGACUAUAGUUAAUAAUAAUGAGAACGUAUUUGAGAUAAGAUUAAAGACCAAGAGUGAAAAAGAAAGAGAGAAAAAAGAGAGAGAAAAAGCAAAAAAAAAAGCCCAAAAUGAGAAGAAGAAGUCUAUAAAUAAGUUAAAUUUGAAGGAAGAAGUAGAAACAGUUAAAACAAAAGAUGAAAUAAAAGAUGAAAUAAAAGAUGAAAUAAAAGAGAAUACAACUAAUGAACAAGAAGAACAAUGCUCGAAAAAUUCAAUAAAAAGAAAUAAAGAAGCAAAGGGUAAAAAGAUUAAUGUGAAUAUAGCAGCUAUACAGAAACAAGUGGAAUUGCGCCAGCAGGCAGAAGAAGAAAGAAGGAAACGAGAAGAAGAAGAGAGAAGAAUUAUAGAAGAAGAGGAAAAAAGAAUACAGGAAGAAGAACGAAGAAAAUAUGAGGCAAAAAUUAGGAAAAAAGAGAAAGAAAAAGCGAAGAAAGAAGAGCUUAAAAGUCAAGGAAAGUUUUUAACGAAGAAGCAGAAGGAGAAGAAGCAAAUGGAUCAAAUAAAAAUCCAACAACUUUUAGCAACGGGGGUGAAAAUUCAAGGACUUUCUACAAAUGAUAAAAUAAAUUCAAAUUUAUCAAGAAAAAUAGAGCACUCAGUCAGUGAUUCUAAAAAGAAAAGAGUUCAAGUGGUAGAUGAAGUUAAGGAUAGUAAUUCUGUGGAAUUAGCAGCAGAAAUUGAUAAUAAUUUGUUUAAACAUGACGAUAAUAUAGGAAAUUCUAUUGAGGAAACAAAUGAGGAAAGUUUAAAAGAAGAAUCAGAGGAUGGUAUACUAGAUAGUUGGGAACAGGCUUUUAUUGAUAAUUCUGAUAAUGAUAAUAAUAAUAAUAAUAAUGAUGCUAAUUCAUUACUUAAAGUUUCUAGCGGUGUUGAUUCUAAAAUAACAGAUAAAGAUUCUUUUAAUGAAUCAUUGAAAGUGCAGACUAAUCAUUGUAUUAAAAAAAUAGAUGAUAUGAAUAUUUCUCAAGUGAAUGAUAUGGUUGAUAAAAAAGAGGAAGUAAUAUCUCAAAAUUCUGAUGUAAAAACAAAUCAGAAUUCAACGUUUAGAAAGAAUUCAAAAAAUGCUAAAGAUUUAGAAAGUAAUUUAAGAUCACCUAUAUGCUGUGUUCUUGGUCAUGUUGAUACUGGAAAAACAAAAAUUUUAGAUAAGAUUAGAGAGACUAAUGUUCAAGAGGGAGAAGUGGGUGGUAUAACGCAACAAAUAGGUGCCACAUAUUUCCCCGUGGAUUCUAUAAAACAAAAAAUAGCUACAUUGGAUCAAAAUGACAAACUUGAAUACAAAGUACCUGGACUUCUUGUAAUUGAUACCCCUGGACAUGAAUCUUUUGCAAAUUUACGUUCUAGAGGUUCUAGUUUAUGCGAUAUUGCAAUUUUAAUUGUAGAUAUUAUGCAUGGUCUAGAACCUCAAACUCUUGAAUCACUGAAUUUACUAAGGAAUAGGAAAACACCUUUUAUUGUAGUAUUAAACAAAAUUGAUCGAAUAUAUGGAUGGGUUCCUACUUUAAAUGGACCAUUUCAAGAGUCAUUAUUAAAACAGAAAAAGUCUGUUCAAAGAGAAUUUCAUGAUAGAUAUACAAAGAUCAUUGUGGCAUUUUCAGAACAGGGACUUAAUGCAGUUGCAUAUUAUGAUAAUAGAAACUUUGCAAAGAAUGUUUCAAUAGUUCCUACAUCUGCAUUAACUGGAGAAGGCAUACCUGACAUGUUAAUGCUUUUAUUGAAUCUUACACAACAACGUAUGACCAAUCGAUUAAUGUAUUUAGCAAAAUUAGAAGCAACAGUCUUAGAGGUAAAAGUUAUUGAAGGUCUUGGAACUACAAUUGAUGUUAUCUUAUCAAAUGGUAUUUUAAGAGAAGGUGAUCGUAUUGUUUUAUGUGGAUUAAAUGGGGCUAUUGCAACAAAUAUACGUGCUCUCUUGACUCCUCAGCCUUUAAAAGAGUUAAGAAUUAAGUCCUCAUAUAUACAUAAUAAAGAAGUGAAGGCAGCAUCAGGAGUAAAAAUUUCUGCAAAUGAUUUAGAUAAGGCUAUUGCUGGUUCAAGAUUGAUAGUUGUUGGUCCAGAUGAUGAUGAAGAAGAAAUUAAAGAAGAAGUUAUGAAAGAUUUGGAGGGCUUGUUGAAUUUUAUUGAUACUAGUGGUAUUGGAGUUUCUGUUCAAGCUUCUACUCUUGGAUCUCUAGAAGCCUUACUUGAAUUUUUAAAACAAAGCAAAAUUCCUGUUUCUGGUAUAAAUAUUGGCCCUGUUUAUAAGAAAGAUGUCAUGAAAUGUAGCGCUAUGAUUGAAAGGGCCAAAGAAUAUGCAGUAAUGUUAUGUUUUGAUGUGAAAGUUGAUAAGGAUGCCGAAGAAUUGGCAGAGCAACUUGGUGUAAGAAUUUUUACUGCAGAUAUUAUAUAUCAUCUUUUUGAUUCUUUUACUAAAUAUAAAGCUGAAAUUAUGGAGAAAAAGAGGAAAGAAAGUGCAUCAGAUGUUGCAUUUCCAUGUGUAUUAAAGACUAUUGCUGUUUUUAAUAAAAAAGACCCUAUACUUCUUGGUGUUGAUGUGAUUGAGGGUGUUAUUAGAAUUGGGACUCCUAUAUGUGCAGUAAAAACUAAUCCAAAUACACAAGAACGUGUUAUUAUAGAUCUUGGAAGAAUAGUAAGCAUAGAAAAAGAUCAUAAAAUAUUAAAUAUAGUUAAAAAAGGACAAAGUAGCAAUGGCGUUGCUAUUAAAAUCGAAUGUUCCUCUCAAAUACUUUUUGGUAGACAUGUUGAUGAAAAAGAUCUUCUUUAUUCUCAUAUAUCACGGAAAUCUAUUGAUUUAUUAAAAGAUGUCUUCCGUGAUGAUGUUUCUAAAGAAGAAUGGAACCUUAUACGAAGACUUAAAACCAUAUUUGGUAUUACUUAAAAAAUCUUUCUAAUCUAUGGAAGAAUAAAAUAUUAGAUUUUAC